AUGCAGCUGAUCAAAGAAAGUUUCAAUGAAGAAGAGGCAACUGUUAUUCUUUCCUUGCCUAUUAGUACCACGCAAAGAAGGGAUCGCAAAGUAUGGCACUACUCCCCAAAUGGUGUAUUCACUGUAAAAUCUGCUUAUUGCUUGGAAAAAGAGAGCUUGAUCAAUGAGCUGGAUAAUCACGGAGCUCAAACUAGUUCUGCUAAUGUGAUGGCACUGAUUUGGAAGAAGUUACGGGGCUUGCCUAUCCACCCAAAGAUCAAAUUUUUUGCUUGGAAGUGUUUCAAUGAAGCUCUAGCAACCAACUCAGCCCUAACCGCUAAGAAGUGUGGAUUCUUUCACCUUUUCGUCUUAGACCUGAGGAGCUUGAAAACUGUAGACAUAUGUCUGACUGGUGGCAUUGUAUUUGCGAUCAAAACUCGAAACGAUUUGGUGUUUAAUGGUACAAGUUGGCCUGCGGAGGCAAUUAAUGGAAAGGCACAAGCUGAUUUUUUUGAGUUUCUAGAGGCUAAUGUCAAGCCUUCCCCUACUCAAGUGGCUUCUUCUAAUCCUGAGACUUUGGUUUGGAAGAGACCCGAGGAAGGCAUGAUAAAAAUUAAUGUUGAUGCAGCGGUAUCAAAGGCAACGAGCACUAUUGGCACAGGAGCAAUUGCUCGGAAUGCGAGCGGCUCCAUUUUGGGAAUCUUUAUUAAGUCAUAUGAAGGUCUCACCUCUCCACGGCUUGCGAAGGCUAUGGCAAUUAGAAAUGGAAUGAAUUUGGGUGUUGCUCUGAAUGUAGGACGUGUUCUUAUUGAAUCGGAUGCGGAAUCGAUUGUCCGAAGCUGUUCCAUGUCAAAAAAUCCACCCUCUGAUAUUGCAGUUUUGGUACAAGAUUGUUUAGCUUUGAAGGAUUCAUUUCAAUUGUGUGAUUUUAAGUUUUGUCAAAUGUGA